AAUCGGCAACGGAAUCAUUUUUCUUCUCUCUCUCCCUCUCUAUAGAGAGAGGGGCCGCCAUGGCGCCAUGUUACCUCCUGCGCGUUGGACGGUAUAGGAGUACGACUUGAUUAUAUAAUCGGUGCAUGCCAUCCCCUGGUUUAUUCUUCCAGCUCCCGGCCAGCAUCCAUCUCAACCUCCCGAGAUCCAACAACUUCCUUCGUCACUAGCUAGCUGCUAGCUGUGAAGGUGUACGGUGCCGUGCGCAUAGUGAGGCGGUACCUGAUGGGCGACGACGGCGCGAAGGCGGCGACCACCACGACGAUCGUGCGGCUGCGGGAGCUGCUGCACAGGUGGGCGCUGGGAGCCGCAAGGGACGACGUCGAAGACGGCGAGCAGGAGGAGGCGCAGGCGGAGGCGAUGGCUAUGGCGGCAGGUGGAGGAGCUGCGCCGCCGUCGAUCCCACCGUUCGUGCUGCAGCGUCUGAGGCGGACGCUGACGGUGGACUCAGACGACGAGAGCUGCCACAGCCCGGAGGCGGCGCCGGACGUGCCGAGGGGGUACUGCCCGGUGUACGUCGGGCUGGAGCAGCGGCGGUUCGUCAUCCCGACCAGCUACCUCGGCCACCCCGUGUUCCGGCUCCUCCUAGAGAAGGCCGAGGAGGAGUUCGGGUUCCGGCAGGAGGGAGCGCUGGCCAUCCCCUGCGAGACCGAGGCCUUCAAGUACAUCCUCCAGUGCGUGGAGCGCCACGACAAGGGCCUCGCCGGCGACGACGCCGACGAAGGGAACCAGGCCACAACGCUAGAGCCAUCAUCGUCGAUUCAUCAUGUUUCGUAGAUAAUGAUACUGUACUAGUAGUGUCUGUGAUGUUACAACUUACAACUCCUCUGCCUCUUCUCUUCUGAAGUUUCUUUUUUCUUCGAUAGAGUUCGCAAGAAAAUCAAGGACCUAUAUCAUAGUUUUAAAUAGCCGGCUAUAGCCCCGUUAUAGCCCGGCUAUAGCCUUUCGAGCAAGAUGCGGCUAAAGGCAUCCGCGUGCUAAAAGGCGGCUAUAGCCCGCUAUAGCCUGGCUAUAGCCCGCUAUAGCCUGGCUAUAGCCUUUUUCACGGAUCGCGGCUAUAUUCCUAUAGCCCGCUAUUUAAAACUAUGCCUAUAUGUGUAUGUGAUCAAGAAUUAAUUCAAUUGAUUGAUCUGUCAAA